AUGGAGGGUGCGUCGGAAGAUAUCGCGUCUGCUACGGAAGAAGUGCUCGCCGAAGGCCCCAGCGGGACACCCGGCCUGGGUGCGGCGCCCCCUACGCCACACUUACUUCGCCAUCCCUCCUCGGCUCCCACGGCAGGACCUAGCUCCGUCCCAGCCAAGCACACCGCUCAACAACACCCUACUGGUCUUUCCGGAGGCUCUUCUCUCACUCACCCGGAGAGUGCGUUGGGCGCGACUCAUACCCAGGAAGUGGAACCUUUGGCCUCGUAUACAUGCCCUGUCUGCUUCUCACCACCAACUUACGCCACGAUCACGCCAUGCGGACAUGUCCUCUGCGGUGACUGUUUGUUCACCGCCGUGAAGACCACGAUCCAACGAGGCGCAUACACUCUCCCUGCAGGCGAGAGGAUGGUGGCCCGAUGUCCCGUAUGUCGAGCUGCAAUUCCUGGGUGGGAUGGCAAGGGCGGCGGGGUCAUAGGCCUGCGUCCCCGUGCCGUAUUCAGCUUGUAG